UGCUCAGUGAAGUUGGAACACAGCAGCAGGUUUGGCGUUCUGUUUGCAGCUGGGAUUGAGGAUUUUUGCAUUCUCCUCUUUGCACUGAUGGUGCUGAUCCCUCUCCUCCAGCGAUGCAUCCAGCUCCUCAGCCUGCCUGUGUACCUGCUCUCGUAUCUGGGCUUAUGGGACCCCCUCUGUAAGAAGAUCUUCCCAUAUUUCAUGGCCAAGUGCUCCACUAUCUACAACCGCAAACUCUUCCAACAGAAAAAGGACCUGUUCAGCAGCCUGGGGGAGUUUGCAGGCACUUCGAGGGAGCUCAGGCUGCUGGAGAUAGGCACAGGUUCAGGAGCCAACUUCCAGUUCUACCCACCUGGAUGCCGGGUGACAUGCACUGAUCCCAACCCCAACUUUGAGAGGUUCCUCCUCAAGAGCAUUUCUGACAGCCCACACCUCCAUUUUGAACGGUUCUUGGUGGCCUCCGGUGAGGACCUGCGUCCAGUGGCUGACGACUCCAUGGAUGUGGUGGUUUGCACCUUGGUGCUGUGCUCAGUGCGCAGCAUCGAGCAGGUCCUGAGAGAAGUCUUGCGAGUGCUCAGGCAGGGUGGUUCUUUGUAUUUCUUGGAGCAUGUGGCUGCAGAUCAUUCCAGCUGGAGCUACUUUUGGCAACAGAUCUACAACCCAACCUGGAGAUAUUUGGGAGACGGGUGCUGCCUGACCAGAGAGACCUGGAAGGACCUGGAGAAGGCAGGGUUCUCAGAACUGAAGUUGCAACACAUACAUGCCCCCCUGUCCUGGAACCCUACUCGUCCCCAUAUCAUUGGAUAUGCUGUGAAAUAACUAACUCCAUGCACUGAGAAACAAGGUCAUGUCAGCUCCGUGGUUCCUUCCAAUUCCUGGGGGUAUUUACUUCUGGCUAGCAGCCUUAUAAUGUCAGAGCAAUACUUAUUUAGCAAUUAGCUGCCUAACCAAAUUGCCUUGUUAGGUUUAUGAGAAUAACAGGGAAAACAUACCGAGCAUCCAUUGCUUAUCCUAACUAUGGGGUCAGGUUUGUCCAUAUGCCUGUCAGGCUCCUCCCAGUUUUCAGACAAAGCACUGGUCAGCAUUUUUCACUGACUGUCCUGCUAGUUUUUGUGGAUCACAUUCUAAGGCACUGAUCAUAUACAGAGCCUCGUUCAUCAUAAACAGAGCCUCGGUGCCUAUGUCAAGCUUUGUGGAUCUCAGUGUUGUUCCAGUGACUUUCUGGGCACCGUGUUGCUUGGGGUUGCUUUGGGAAUCCGGGCUCAUCAGUCUAAAUCAGAUUUGAAACAGCAAUCUGCACAACAAAAUGCUCCCAUUAUAGCAGAGUAAUUAGCACUAGUUAAGGGCAACAGAGGAGCUUGGGGCCCCCAAGUGGCAGGGAACUCAUAUCCUACUGAAAGGUAACAGAAGGCCAAACCUAAGCACUAGACAUAUCCACUCAGACUGCACUGAAAGUACUUUUGAUACAAUUUCUUUUGUUUUAAUUUGUUUGUCUUUUGUAAUUGCUACAGAACCACGGUGUUGCUACAGAGACACAGGCUUCUCAAUAAAGUUGAAAAU